GUCGGUGUCCUUCUCCUUUGUCGCGGAAGUCACCACCCUUUCCCUGCCAACGAACGUCAUCAUCAUCACCGGAGGAGGACGCAACCAGUAGCUUCCUUCGUCGUAAACUUCCACUCUUUCACAGUAACUAGUUUCGGCGAUGAAAGUACGAGACGAUCAAAGGAUGAUCUAAGGAAGAAACAGAAGUUCUACUCACCAGGAACUAGGUAUAGGAACGCCCAAGAGGUCGUAGAAGAGGAGCUAGAGAGCAUCCAGUCGAGGAGCAUCCAGCGAGAGAGCAGGAUACCCGAGGAGGACCACGUGAGCACUUCUGAAGAUGUCUGACCACGGAUCGGAGUAAGCAGCAAUUGUAAUCUUUAGUUAUUUGCUUUAUGAUUAUGAGUAAUGACUGGAGAUUUAAAAGGAU